GAAAACCUCAUGAACACGAAAUUCGAGACCGCCGACCUCCGAUGGACCACUUACCCUGCUGACAAUGGCCAGUGGGAAGAGCUAAGCGGGAUGGACGAGGAGCAGAACAGCGUCCGGACCUUCGAGGUGUGUGGGGUCCACCAACCCAACCAGAACAACUGGCUGCGCACCAUCUUCGUCCCCCGAUCGGGCGCCACGUACGUCUACGCCGAGCUGCGUUUUACCGUGGUGGAGUGCUUCUCCAUCCCGCGGGUCACCCGGGCGUGCAAGGAGACGUUCAACGUUUUUUUCUACGAAGCCGACGCUGACCUGGCCUCAGCCACUUUCCCGCCCUGGAUGGAGAACCCCUAUGUCAAAGUGGACACGGUGGCGGCCGAGCACCUCACCCGCAAGCGGCCGGGCAUGGAGGCCUCCGGGAAGGUGAACGUGAAGACGCUGCGGGUGGGACCCCUCUCCAAGAUGGGCUUCUACUUGGCGUUCCAGGACCAGGGCGCCUGCAUGGCCUUACUCUCCGUCCGACUCUUCUACAAGAAAUGUCCGGCCGUCACCGUCAACUUCACACUCUUCCAGGAGACGGUGCCCAGGGAGCUGGUCAUGCCGGUCACCGGGCAGUGUGUGCCCAACGCCGUCAAGACCAGCUCCCGCCCGCUCAGCAUGUACUGCCGGGAGGACGGGCAGUGGGCUGACCAGGCCAUCACGGACUGCACCUGUGCGGCCGGCUACGAGCCCUCGGAGGAGAGCACCAGGUGCCGAGCCUGCCCGGCGGGGCUGUUCAAGGCCGUCCAAGGGGAGGGGGGCUGCCAGCCCUGCCCCGCCUUCAGCAUGUCCCUCUCCCCGGGCUCCGGCGAGUGCUCCUGCCGCAUCGGCUUCUAUCGGACGGCCAAGGAGCCGGUCACCAAGCAGUGCUCCACCACGCCGUCUGCCCCACGCAGCAUCGUGGCCAAAAUCAACGGCUCGGUGGCCGUGCUGGAGUGGAGCGAACCCCUGGAAAACGGAGGCCGGGACGACGUCUCCUACCACCUCAGCUGCCACGAGUGCCCCGAACGGCAGAGCUGUCGGGAGUGUGCCCGCCUGGCCUACGCCCCCCGGUCUCGGGGGCUGGUGGACCGCACCGUCACCGUGGAGGGCCUGCAGCCCUACAUCACCUACUCCUUCCAGAUCCAAGCGGUCAACGGCGUCUCCGAUCUCAGCCAGAACCCGCCCCAGUCGGAGUCCAUCAAUAUCACCACCAACAAGGACGUCCCCCAGCCGGUGUCCGACAUCCAGCAAACCUCCGUCAGCCCCAGCGGGGUCACCUUGGGCUGGCCACUCGUCCAGCCACCAACGGGCAACAUCUUGGAUUACGAGGUCAAGUAUUACGAGAAGGGGGCCGGUGGACCCAUGUUCGUGAAGACGUCCGAGAACCGGGUGACCCUGUCGGGGCUGCGUCGAGGAUCCGUCUACGUUGUACAAGUCCGGGCCCGAUCGGAGGCCGGUUACGGAGGGUUUGGACCAGAAAAGGCCUUCCAGACCCACGGAGCCGAGUCGGGGAGCAGCACGGAGAAGCUGGCCCUCAUCGUGGGCACGGCGGCCUUGGGGAGCCUCCUCAUCUUGGCCGUGGUGAUCGUGGCCGUGGUCUGCCUCCGGCGCCAGGGGUCCUCGGCCUCGCGGGAGCAAGAAUAUUCGGACAAACCUGGACAAUACUUGAUUGGGCACGGUGAGUGGCAGAAAAGAUUCGUGCCGGGCAAGAAGGAGGUCUACGUGGCCAUCAAGACCCUGAAGGGGGGCUACACGGAGAAGCAGCGGAGGGAGUUCCUGAGCGAGGCCAGCAUCAUGGGCCAGUUCGAGCACCCCAACAUCAUCCGGCUGGACGGGGUCAUCACCAACAGCGUCCCCGUCAUGAUCAUCACCGAGUUCAUGGAGAACGGCGCCUUGGACUCCUUCCUGCGGUUGAACGACGGUCAGUUCACGCCCAUCCAGCUGGUGGGGAUGCUGCGGGGCAUCGCCUCCGGCAUGCGCUACCUCUCCGACAUGAGCUACGUGCAUCGCGACUUGGCCGCCCGUAACAUCCUGGUCAACAGUAACCUGGUUUGCAAAGUUUCUGAUUUCGGGCUGUCUCGUUUCCUGGAGGAAAACUCGUCAGAUCCAACCUACACCAGCUCUUUGGGGGGGAAGAUCCCGAUCCGCUGGACGGCCCCCGAAGCCAUCGCCUUCCGCAAGUUCACCUCCGCCAGCGACGUGUGGAGUUACGGCAUUGUGAUGUGGGAGGUGAUGUCCUUCGGAGAGAGGCCGUAUUGGGACAUGUCCAAUCAGGAUGUGCCGGGCAAGAAGGAGGUCUACGUGGCCAUCAAGACCCUGAAGGGGGGCUACACGGAGAAGCAGCGGAGGGAGUUCCUGAGCGAGGCCAGCAUCAUGGGCCAGUUCGAGCACCCCAACAUCAUCCGGCUGGACGGGGUCAUCACCAACAGCGUCCCCGUCAUGAUCAUCACCGAGUUCAUGGAGAACGGCGCCCUGGACUCCUUCCUGCGGUUGAACGACGGUCAGUUCACGCCCAUCCAGCUGGUGGGGAUGCUGCGGGGCAUCGCCUCCGGCAUGCGCUACCUCUCCGACAUGAGCUACGUGCACCGCGACUUGGCCGCCCGUAACAUCCUGGUCAACAGUAACCUGGUUUGCAAAGUUUCCGACUUCGGGCUGUCUCGCUUCCUGGAGGAAAACUCCUCGGAUCCAACCUACACCAGCUCUUUGGGGGGGAAGAUCCCGAUCCGCUGGACGGCCCCCGAAGCCAUCGCCUUCCGCAAGUUCACCUCCGCCAGCGACGUGUGGAGUUACGGCAUUGUGAUGUGGGAGGUGAUGUCCUUCGGAGAGAGGCCGUAUUGGGACAUGUCCAAUCAGGAUGUGAUCAACGCCAUCGAGCAGGACUACCGCCUGCCGCCCCCCACGGACUGCCCCACCUCCCUGCACCAGCUGAUGCUGGACUGCUGGCAGAGGGACCGCAACGCCCGGCCUCGCUUCGCCCAGAUCGUCAGCUCCCUGGAUAAGCUGAUCCGGAACCCCGCCAGCCUCAAGAUCGUCUCGCGGGGAAACGGAGGGCCGUCCCACCCUCUGCUGGACCAGCGGCUGCCCCAUUACUCCUCCUUCGGCUCGGUCAGCGACUGGCUGCACGCCCUCAAGAUGGACCGCUACGAAGACAGCUUCGCCAACGCCGGCUUCACCUCCUUCGAGCUGGUCAGCCAACUCUCGUCCGAGGACCUGCUCAGAAUCGGAGUGACCUUGGCGGGACAUCAGAAGAAGAUCCUGUCCAGUGUCCAGAACAUGCGCGUCCAGGGCAAGGCUGGCACCUCCACAGCGGCCAAAGCGGGACAGUACUGA